GUUAUAGCUUGGCCGGCGACCAGGGGCUCGUGGCUGGUCUCGGUGAUGAGGAUCCUGGGCACAUGAGCCAGUGCCUAAUGGACACAUAAAGAACCAGGACUCAAACAUCAGUUGGCACUGUGGGAUCCAGCUUCCUCUACGCAGUUCCUAUCCAGUACACUAAGAAGCUGGUCUGUGAACCUGAGUGACCAACUCCCGCCUCUACCAAGGAAGCCCAGGGCAGGGGUGAUGGCAGCCUUACUCCAGCCCCAGGCCGAGGUGACUUUUGAGGAUGUGGCUGUGCUCCUCUCCUGGGAGGAGUGGGCCCACCUGGGCCCUGCUCAGAGGGGCCUCUACAGGGAUGUGAUGCUGGAGAACUACAGGAACUUGAUCUCAGUGGGCGCAGGACCUGCAAGUCCCAAGCCUGGAGUGAUCUCACAGCUGGAGCGAGGGGAUGAACCAUGGGUCCUGGAUGAGCAAGGGACCAAGGGGGGAGAGCAACUAAGAGUCACCAGCCCAGAUUGCAGAACUACAAAUGAGUGCAAGCUGUUUACUUCAAGGGAGAUAAUUCAUGGGGAAAAACUGGACCAAUGCAGGAGGACUGGUGCCCAGGGACUGGAGCCAAAAGAAGCCCAAGAAAAGGAACAGCUGCCUCAAAGUGAGUCAGAGUGGAGUUGGCACAAGCAAAUUGGGCAGAGAGUCCCUGAGCCCAUCACUCUGACCAACAAGGAGAGUGGCCAGAGGUCUGGGGAAAGCCUCAUGUGGGGGUCAAGACUUCUCCUUGACCAGAGACCUCACAAAUGUGAUAUAUGUGAACAAAGUUUUGAACAGAGAUCAUACCUCAACAACCAUAAGCGUGUACAUAGGUCAAAAACAACAAAUAUAGUUCAUGAUUCUGGUGAAAUCUUCAGUGCAAACUUAGUGGUAAAAGAAGAUCAGAAAAUUACUACAGGGAAAAGAUUGCACUAUUGUUGUUGCUGUGGGAAGACCUUCAGGUACAGUGCUAAUCUUGUUAAGCAUCAGUGGCUUCACAGUGAAGAAAAGCCCUACAAGUGUGAGGAAUGCGGCGAAGCCUUCAGCCAGAGCUGUGAGUUUAUCAAUCACUGGAGGAUGCACUCGGGGGAGAUCCCCUAUCGAUGUGAUGAGUGUGGGAAGACAUUCAAUCGGAGGCCUAACCUUAUGAAGCAUCAAAGGAUUCACACUGGGGAGAAGCCCUACAAGUGUGGCGAGUGUGGGAAACACUUUAGUGCCUAUUCUUCCCUUAUUUAUCACCAGAGAAUUCACACUGGAGAGAAACCAUAUAAAUGUAAUGACUGUGGCAAAGCCUUUAGUGAUGGCUCAAUUCUCAUCCGACAUCGUCGGACUCACACUGGAGAGAAGCCAUUUGAGUGUAAAGAAUGUGGCAAAGGCUUUACCCAAAGUUCUAACCUUAUCCAACAUCAGAGAACUCACACUGGAGAGAAACCUUAUAAAUGUAAUGAAUGUGAGAAAGCCUUCAUCCAAAAAACCAAACUUGUUGAACAUCAGAGAAGCCACACUGGAGAGAAGCCCUAUGAAUGUAAUGAUUGUGGCAAAGUUUUCAGCCAGAGCACACACCUCAUCCAACAUCAGAGAAUUCACACAGGAGAGAAGCCCUACAAGUGCAGUGAAUGUGGGAAAGCCUUUCACAACAGUUCCAGACUCAUUCACCACCAAAGAUCACACCAUGGAGAGAAGCCAUACAAAUGCAAUGAUUGCAAGAAAGCCUUCAGCCAGAGUACAUACCUGAUUCAACACCGGAGGAUCCACACUGGAGAGAAGCCCUAUAAGUGCAGCAAGUGUGGGAAGGCUUUUCGGCAUAGUUCUAAUGUAUCUCAGCACCAGAGGAUUCACCUACGAGGAGACUUCUCCAUGUGAUGGUGGAGGAGGGCUCAUGAGGGCAGAAUCCUAUCACACUUCCUCCAUAUACCCCAACAGCCUGCCGCUGUAUUUUAUUUAUUGUCCACAUUGUAUUUUCACAGGGUAAAAGGGUAUCCUGGCUUAAAGAAACUUCUUUUCUUAAACCAAAAGUA